AUGAUCCUUUGUCAUAGGAAGACGUUACUCUGAUGAUUCAUACGGAGAGAGAGAGAGAGAGAGAGAGAAGACUUCAACAGCAACAGACACGCAAAAAAACUCAGGCGCAACUAUGUGAAUUGGACAGAAAUCAAAGGAAUACUGCUGUGAGGGAAAGUUGAACCGGUUCAGUACAUUUGUAUUUCAACAGGUGAAUCCAUUUCUCACAAGGGAACAAAGCACGUAGGUCCCAGCUGACUCCUGCAUCCUCAGACUGAAUCAGAAAAAGGAGGUCAGUGUGAUGAACAGCAUGCUUCCUCAGAGGAGUGCUGUGGCCACACUGGGCUACAGCUCAGAUUGUGUAAAGAUUGAGCGCAGCAGCAGUGGCUCAGCGGGUGGGUCAUUGCUGAGGGGCUCUCGCUCUAAGGCAGAGCUACAGGACCUGAUGGAGACGCUGCAGCGCAGGAAGAGUGCUCUGGAGGCCAGUUUGAGGGCGGCUGAGUGCAACCGCAAAUACCUCAGCGUGCCCGUUGGAUCCCAGUCCACCGGGCCGCUGUCGAUGCUCGGCAAUACUGAACGGCCUCCGUCGGCCUCCAGAACUUUGUCCUACAUGACCAGCAGCAGCGUGCCUCCUUCGCCUCGCCAAGGUGAACGCCAGCUGAGCCCCAACGGCUUGCUUCGUCAUUCCCACUCUCGCCACCAGUCACAAGACAGUCUGCUCCUCUCCAACUCAGCAGGCGGGAGCUCUCUGCUCUCCUCUUAUGGGCAGCACCUACCUCGCUCUCCCAGGGUCAAAAGUGGAGCAGCCAGCGUGCCGUCCAGCCCUCGCAUGAGCCGCAGGCUCUACUCUCAGUGCAAAGCCGCAGGAGACUCCCGGCAGAGGAAAUACUCAACUGGCUCCCUCAACAGCCUGGGGAUGCAUAGUCGUUCUCUGCCACGGCUUCACAACGCAGCAGACCCCCCUGCUCUGUCGCUACCGUCACGACACUCAGUGGGUUCCCACAGAGGCUCAGCAGGGCAGCGGCAUAGUCUCUCCUCCCUGGAGCAGCCACCAGAUGUGACAGUACCAGCCAGCAUGCCCAGCACUCCCAGGAGGGCCAGCCUGGCCUCUCUGAGCUCUCUGGGUGUAGAUAUGGAUGGGACAGGCUUAGAUCUGGACUUCGGAGAGAGGAGGUUGUCGUUUGGGAAGGGUGGGCUGGGUCCAGGACAAAGGGUGGGCAGCAUCAGCUCUUUGAAUGGCAAAGAGGAGCUGAGAGACUAUCACCAGCACCAGAGAGACGAACGACUCAGGGAGCAGAAAGUGCAGAGAUUGGAGUGCCAGCGUCUAGAGACCAUCUUCAACCUGUGCACUGAGUUUGGCCAUGUGGAGAGAGCGCCGGCGGGCUCAGCGGUUUCUGACCUGCAGAAGAUCAAUAAGGAGCUGGAGAAGCUGCAGGUGUCAGACGAUGAGUCAGUGUUCUCCGACUCUCCCAGCAGCACCGCUCCAGAGAGCUGCUUUGCAGCCAAAGCCAGAGACUUCCAACUCGCUGAGGAGCAGCGGGUCAGCCAGCGUCCGCAGAGCGGCUACAGAGAGGCCAGGUCCCACUCACCUGCUAUCAGCCUGAACAGCAGUGCUGCCUCACCCUCCACCCACCACAGAGCCAAAGCCUUGGAGAGUGUGCAGCUGAAACAGGAAGUAACGCAUAUAGAGGAAGAGAGGAUUCAAGUUGUGAACAACAUUGAGGAGUUGGAGCAGAAGAUCAAAGACCUGGACAACCAGAUGGAGGAGUCUGUUCGAGAGAUGGAGGUGGAGUGUGCUCUGCUGGAGGGGGAACACGAGUCGGAGAUGACCCAGCUGCAGAGGGAAAAGGAGCUCCUGGACCAACUUAAGAAAAGGAUUCAUAGUAUUGAGAAGACGAGCCACACGGAGAAAUCCCAGGACACUGAGGAGCAGACUAAAAGUUUGGAGGAUUUGGAGUUUCAGAAGCUGGAGAGAGAAAUUAAUCAGGACGAAGAAAAAGAGAGUCAGAGCCAAGAGCUGCUGCGAGAGAUCGCCGAUUGUCAGCGUAUUGCAGUCACACGCAAGGAAAGACUCAUGGCGCUGAAGAAACAGUCCUCGCAGAUUACCUUACAGGCUCAACAAGAAAGAGAGAACUUCCAGAGAGAGAAAAACAAUUUGCUCGUCAUGCUUCAGAAGGAGAGAGAGAAACUGGCGUCUUUGGAAGGAAAGUAUGCAGAGCUGUCUGAGGGACAGACCUUCACUAACAACCCUGUAGCCAUGAAAGAGCACUCUCUGAAGGAAAGGAGAAGAAGCAACAAGGAAAACUCUUGCCACCCGAGUGACAGCCUACCUCAUAAGAGGAGCCAGCAGCUCCUCACCUCUUAUGGCCGAUCCCUGGGACGCACGCUUCCUCCCAAGAGUAGCAGCAGGGGGUCGGCGAUGCACUCAGCUGUGUUAUCACUAGUGGCCCCUACCGGCUGGGGGCCUGUGGGGGUGUGUGAGGAGUCAGCAGGCAGUCAAUGGCAGUAUAAAACAAGCGAGGAAAAUGCCCACUUGCCUCUGUCUCAAAGCUCCAGCUGUGGCAGCGUCAUCCCACAAAACUUCAGCUUCUCCCCCCGGGACCUGAGCACCCGCCGCCUGCCCAAGACAGGCAACAGCAAUUCACACAUGAAUGAAGACAGACAGAGAAGAAGCGAUUUUUGCAGUAGGAUGAUCUCUGAGCCCAGCGUGUUCUUGGACUCCUUCACCUACCUGGACCACAGCCAGACCUCAGACACUGUCAGUGUGCACAGCUCUGACAGCCUGGAGACCAGCUUCUCCGCCUGCACCCCGGACAACAUCUCCAGCGCCAGUACGUCCAAUAUGGCAAAGAUCGAGGAGAUGGAGCGUUUACUCCGAGAGGCCCAGGCUGAGAAACUAAGACUCCUCGAGCAUCGGGAGCGAGAGAUGGAGAUGCGCAGGCAUGCUCUGGAGGAGGAGCGGCGAAGAAGGGAGGAACUGGAGAAACGACUGCAGGAGGAGACAAGCAGGAGACAAAAACUUGUGGAGAGAGAAGUGAAGCUCAGGGAGAAACAAAGAUCACAGUCACGGCUGUUGACUCGCUACCUCCCUGUAAGGAAAGAUGACUAUGAUCUUCACGGCCACAUCGAGGCAGCUGGACACAACCCAGAUGCCUGCUUCCAUCUGGCCAUCACUGAUAAAACCUGUCGAGGCUUCCUGGUCAAAAUGGGAGGCAAGAUUAAGACCUGGAAGAAGCGCUGGUUUGUCUUCGACCAGAAUCGCAGGACGCUCACUUACUAUGCAGACAAACAUGAGGCCAAGGUGAAAGGAGUCAUUUACUUCCAAGCCAUAGAGGAGGUGUACUAUGACCACUUGAAGAAUGCACACAAAAGCCCCAACCCCUCGCUGACGUUCAGUAUGAAGACCCACGAUCGGGUGUACUACAUGGUGGCUCCGUCGCCUGAGGCCAUGCGUAUCUGGAUGGAUGUGAUGGUUACGGGUGCAGAAGGACACAUGCAUUUCAUGGUGUAGCAGAUCCCAACAGAUGACGGUCCACACCCCUGAAUUUCGUUAAACGUUGUUGGCGGUCUGCUCGUAUCAAUGUAACGUUGUGCUGCGCUGAGAUUGAUGUUCAUCAGGUCAACAUAAAGUGAACUUCUGUUUACACUUGUAUUAUCUUUAGCCUACAACUCAUGCUCAAAAGCACACUUUAUAAUGUAAUCAUGUAUAAUAUCAAAACAAUUGAUAUACAGGUUUCAUAAUUAAGCUAUUUAGUUAUUCUUGUUGUACUGAGAGAGGCUGAAACGUCAGAAAAUCUGCACUAAUUUAGUAGUUUUUUUUCCAACUUCCUUAAACAAAAUCUCUGCUUGUAUCACACUCUCCCUUUUAUAUUUGGCAGUUAAAACGUGAUCAGGAAAGCUUCUAAAUGAGCAGAAACUCAACAUCUGCUACACAUCUAAAUAGCUUUACACACCGAUGCUGCUUGUCUUCCUAUAACCUUACCUUUUGUGAUGUACAUAUCCGAUAUCUUCUACUUCUCGUUGGACGUCAAGCUGUAUCAGUGGGUCACAACUUCCAGAUAAGAUCAACCAAUCUGUAUUUGUGUUUGCAAGAAUUCCCAUUUUAUUAUUUUACAUUUUUAUCUCAAGCAUUUCAUUGCUGCUGCCAGACUACAGGCAUUAGCUGGUAUUGUCUGCUUUUGUAAAGCAGGGCUGAAUUGUCCACCAUCCGUAUCUCUUCAUACCACAUACACGUCUCUUUGCAUCACUUUUAUUCCAGUGAGUCCUAAUUUGGGCUUCACAUAUGCAAACUUCCGUCAUGUAGCAGAGAUGAUUACAGUCACUUUUCAGGUUUUAUUGUUAUCAACUAUUAGUAGUUGUUGGAAAAUAUUCUUCUCAUAAAAGUAGAUAAUCUGCCCAAAUGACAAUGGUACUGUGUUUCAUGCCUACCACUGUGCAGCUAGCUGCCUCCAUAGUAGAGGCUGCAGGCCUGUUGGGAUGAGGCCAUGUUGUGCAGCAGGGAUGCGGUGUAUGUACUGCAUCACCCGCAUGUUACUCCUAAGCUUUUCAUUAUGUUUUUUCACCAGCAGAGGUCCUCAGUGCAGAGUUAUUGCACUGAAAUGACGUAAUGCCCUCAGCAGUAGGACCAUACUCAUCAAUGAUCCAUUUAAUGCUUAUAUAUCAAAUAUCUGCAUUUAUAAACACAUGCAUAUCAAUAUAAUAUCUGCUUUUUGGAAGCAAGACAGAAAUCACUUUCACAGCACGUUUGAAUGUUUUGUAAAAUCCAUAUGUUCGAUCUGUAUGUUCUUUGACUCUUUACAACAGUCUGACUGUGUUUGAUAAUGAAAGAUCACUUUGACAGCAAGUGACCAGCUGUUGGUUUACAGACUGCAGAGAGCAGAGGAGGCUGCGGAGCCGACAGGGUUGCAGAUGAGUUGUUGCCCAUCCUGGAUGCUUCUCAGUGGACGGAGGUCUCCGUCAUGUUAACAUCUCAGCUGCAAACUGCUGUCCGCUGUAUGAGACACAAGUCUUGAAACCAAACAAAUUACUGCAUUUCCAUAUAUUUUUAAUGAAUUUAAUAUUUUGUAUGCAAACAAUGACAAUUUUAAUCGACUCUAUGCUCACGUUUUUUUUCCAUUGGUGACAUUUGUCAUGUUUCAAUAUGAAUAUGAAUAAAUAAUGU